AUGGAUUCUCCCUCGUCUUAUGCCGGCCAAAAGCGCAAGGUCGACGAUAUGAGUUCUUCAGACGAAGAAGAUGCGCGACCAACCACCGAUUUCCGUGGCUUCGCCAGAGCCCGCGAGCGCUCCGAAUCGCCUCCUUCGAUGGGUGGCUUGGGCAGCGCUGCCCGCAACCCCUGGAACAACAUGGCCAACGCCGCGACAGCGGUGCCACCUCGAGGUGGUGCUGCCCCCGUGGAGGAAAAGGCGCCGCUGGAAAUUCGUUCGCCGCGCGCAUGA